AUGGCUUCGCACCUGCGGUCAAUAUUGGGCGUACGAGGCCAUUUUGGAGGUUGGCAAGAGAAUGCGGAAGUGGUGAAGGGGCUACUUCCACGGACGGAGGAGGAGGCAUUUGUGAGGACAAUAUCUUACGAUGGUGUGGAGAACACGGUUGAUGAUCUUGUGGAUGACACGGAGGCCGAGGGCGGCUUCGGCACGGAGGCCCCGGCGGAUCCAUCUACCCCACCACCAGCUGCUUCACCCCCAGUAGAAGAGGAUGAGGUCUUCCCCGACGAUUACGAUCCUUAUGAGGGAGCUCCAGCGACUCCGAUCGAGGCACAACCUCUUAUCCAUGUACAUGACACCGAGUCGCAGGGUGAGAUUCUGUCCAUAGAGGCACAACCUGCAGUGGUUAAGAGUCGGAAGAGGAAGAGAAAGCCUCCUGUAUGGUUCGGUGACUAUACGGAGAUGAAGAGGAGACAUAGGCCAUCUUCGACUUUUGAUCCCCUGGAGCCACCGGAUGAGAAAUUGUUAACCACUUUCCGAAAGUGGUGUGUUGGACUCAUUCCGAACCACCGACUUCGGGAUUUGAGAAGUGGUGAUUACGGUCCAGGAUUCUUUUGGAUAAUGCUCACACCAAAGGAAUGGCUUACAGAUGACCAUAUAGAUGCAGCAAUGCAUAUGCUGAGGAGGCGACGCACCGACUAUCCACUGACAUUUCCUCAGAAGGGUAUCAUUCUCUCCACAUUCGUGACCGCCAUGAUCAGCAGUGCAUGGACGAGCCACAAGGGUCCGAGGAAAAACUUUAAGUGGGAGGAAUAUAUCCUGGACUACUGCACAGGGUUUCAUAAGUCCCAAGUCUUUGAGAGAUGGAGGGGUAACGAGUUUAUUUACUUCGUUCUGCACCUUCCCACGGCAAGACACUGGGUCACAGUUGAAGUCGACAUAGAGCUGUGGAAAAUUAAUGUCUACGACUGUGAUUCCAGCGUCUGUCAUUGGACCGCCAUGGAACCCAUCUUGAAGGUUUGGUCAGAACUGCUGCCCUCGCUAAUCCUUGCAACCGGGGAAUUUCCACAUAACAACCAGAUCAUGGCGUUAGCUAACGGUGACAUCACGGUGCUUCCAAAAAUGCACGCGACUCGAGCCACUCACGACUUAGUUCCGAAGUCAGCAACCAGUGGUGAUUGUGGCGUGUAUUGCAUUGAGUAUGUGGAGCAUCUCAUGAUGCAGCGUGGAUUGACCGAUGUGACGCCAGACCGGAUAGCCAUGUUUCGUCAACGGUGGUGUGUCGAUUUAUUUUACCAAAAUGUCGGCUGAUUAUAUGUGUAAUUAUUGGGACAUUGUAUAUUUUGUGUAAUUAACAUUACAGUUAUGUAUAUAUAGAUUUUCUUUUCGUUCAAA